AUGGCCAUCAGAUCGAGAGGCCUGCCUAGUCCUGGCUGCAGCCGCUGCCGCAGCAAGAAGAUCAGGUGCGACGAAGCGAAGCCAAUUUGCGGGCAGUGCGCCAAAAUUCGCUCGGUCGAUUGCAAGUAUCGUGAUGAGUUUGAGCGGACGUGGCGGUGGCAGACUGAACUGGUAGUCAAAAAGGCCAAAGCGAAAGCGAUAAGCACUGAGACUGUUCCGAUAGCCACAGCAGACACAAAGAGCGACACGCAGCAGCUAAAUCCUCCGAAUCCCACUAUCUUGGACAGGUUCUUCUUUGAUUGGGUCGUUCAAUCGGCCGCCGGCUCCGAGAGUGUCAUUUCUUUGUUCAACUCACUUCCUGGGCUGUACGCCAAGUCUAGUGUGAAUAGCCUUCUGUAUAACUCUAUCAACGCCUUGGCCAAUGCAGGCUAUGCGCAAAGAUUCAAUUCCUCAAAAGCACUGACAGAAGCAGCCGAAUGGUACGGAGAGUCUAUCCGUAUGUUGAAAAACAUACUGAGUAGUAGUGGGGGGCGACCAUCGAACCAGGAUGUUAUGGUCUCGAUCAUACUCCUCUGCAUGUACGAGCUGUUGAUAGAUGAAUCUGUUGCCUUGGAAGGCUGCUGGGUUUCUCACUUGGGCGGUGCAACCCUUCUUUUGAGGAUGCAGGGGCAAGAGACAACAGAAGAGUCUUCCGCUGCUUUGGAGGAGGAGGUCUCAAUGGUCAUAUACUUACAAAUGAUCCACAAUAGUCUCUUGACUGGCCAAGCGCCUUCUGUUCCGGUCAAUGAACUCAAGCUCCGAAAGCUACCGCACAUUAGCGAGCACAUGGAGCUAAUCUACAGAGCUGCAUGUUUGUGCGCGGAGUGGAGAUCCGCACUCUUCCUCCCCCAAUCACACCAUGGAUGGAAGCAAUUAUCCAUCAUUGCAGGUAAAGCCAUGUCACUGGACAAGCAACUUGAAGAGUGGUCCUGGAGCUUGCCUUCACAACUGGGUUGCACGGCCGAAGCAAUAUCUGUUCAUUCUCAACCUGAGUGGUUACAGCCUUUGCUCACCGGUGCAUGGACUCCUCUUAACACUCACAUCCACCCAUCUCUCACCGUCAAGAUCCUAUGGAGAUAUUAUUGGCAAGUUCGAUUGAUCCUCAAUCAAGCGCUUUUAUUUACCCACAGCAUCCUCGAAAGAGGUGAUACCACAAUCAACCCCAUCUCAUCCGAUCUAAAGAAUAUCAAGACUCGAAUUGUGUCGUUUAUCGACCGCUUAUGCGAAUCUUGCCUUUCAACCUUCAUCGUUGAUCCCGCAACGGAGACGCGAGAUCACCGAACAGAGGACAUCCCUGGGAUUAUAGGAUACCUACUCAUGCAAGGCUUACCAACUAUUGGUCUGAGCCUGGAACAGGUUGUUCUUGUUGAUUUUGAUCUUUCGAGUCGAAAAGAAUGGCUGGCCAAGAUGAAGAAAUUCCUGAGAGAUACUCUUGGUGUCGGGAAAGGUGCAGCGGCAAAGGAACCUUCUCAAUAUGGGAAGAUACCUAUCCAAAUUUGGGGCCUUUAA